AAAUAUGACGGUUGGAUUGAAAAGAUGUUUGGUGAUAUUUCUAAACAGACAGUAGCUAAACAAGCUGUUAUUGGUACAGGAUCUGGCUGGUAUGUGGUAGCUGGAUGGUUGUUUAUGAAAGUUGGUAAAGUAGCUGCUGCAUCUAUUGGACUCACUGUCUUAUUAGUUCAGGUUGCUCAGCAUCAGGGUUAUUUAACUAUUAAUUGGAGUCAGUUUCAAUCAAGUGUUGUUAAAGCUAGAAGACAAAUGGAAAAAUCAGCUAGAAAACAUGUUCCUGGUCUCACUUCUAAUUUCCAACAUUUUUUUAGAAGAAAUAUUGUAUUAGCUGGAAGUUUUACUGGUGGAUUUUUAAUGGGACUUGCA